UGAAAUGUAAAAAUUUUGCGUUGGCUUAGUUUAGGUUAUACAGCUUAAAUUCUUGUAUCAAAAGAAAAUUAUAAGGAUAACUUUGAAGGUACUUCAAAUUAGAAAUACGGACAAAGGAUGGACCACAAGGAGUUUGUGAAGCAGAUGCAAGACACGCACAAACAGCUGAUCGACGAAGACAAGCAAGUAACGUCACAGCUGGCGGACAUGGAGGCCAAGUUUGACACGGAGAACAAACUGACGACAUCAGACUUCAACGAGAUCUACGGCGAGAGUGUGAAAAACUUCCGCUUGGACUUUGGAACUGUCUGUGAGAAAGGACGGGACGAGAUCCUUAAAGAGCUCCCAAAAGCUAAAAGACUUUGUCAGAAGAAGAAGAUUGCCCAGGAGUAUCUUACCUGUGUGGAGAUGACUCGUCUAAAGGCAGCUCAGAGAGCGCAGCAAAACUGACACUGAGAC